CGGCCGUGCCCCUCGGGCGGCGAUCGGGCCGGGCCCGCCGGGCGCUGGGGCAGCUACCUGUGCGACGCGCCCUGGAGCCUGCUGCGCUCGGCCGUGCGCGCCAUGAGGGAGCGCCUGGCCGCGCCGGACUUCGUGCUCUGGACCGGAGAUGACACUCCCCAUGUCCCCAAUGAGCAGCUCGGAGAAGAAAAGGUUCUGCACAUCAUAGCAAAUCUGACUUCUCUGAUAAAAGAGACAUUUCCAGGUACUAAGGUCUAUGCAGCCAUGGGCAAUCAUGACUUCCACCCCAAGAAUCAGUUUCCUGGGAAGGAGCACAGGAUCUACAACCAAACAGCAGAACUGUGGCGGCCCUGGCUGAGUGAUGCCUCCCUUCCUCUCUUCAGAGCAGGAGCUUUCUACAGCGAGAAGCUGCCCAGCCCAGGGACAAGGGGGCGGAUGGUUGUCCUCAACACCAACCUGUACUAUGACCAGAACAAUGAGACAGCUGCUGAGGAGGAUCCUGCAGGGCAGUUCCGGUGGCUGGAGGAAACACUGACCAACGCCUCUAGAGCAGAUGAAAUGGUCUACAUUGUGGGGCACGUCCCUCCUGGCUUCUUUGAGAAGAAGCGGGGCAAGCCCUGGUUCCGGAGGGGCUUUAACCAGCGCUACCUGGGGAUUGUGCAGAAGCACCACAGGGUGAUCGCUGCCCAGUUCUUUGGGCACCAUCACACCGACAGCUUCCGCAUGUUCUACAGCGACACAGGUGCUCCAAUCAAUGUGAUGUUCCUGGCCCCUGGAGUGAGUCCCUGGAAAACAACAUUACCUGGAGUGAGCAAUGGAGCCAACAACCCUGCGAUUCGGGUGAUCGACUAUGAUCAGGACACCCUUCAGGUCUUGGAUAUGGUGACUUACUACUUGAACCUUACUCGUGCCAACAUGGUGGGCUCAGCACGGGAGGAAGAGUUCCCAGUGUGGGAAGAAGAGUACAGACUGACAGAAGCCUUCCAGGUCCCUGAUGGCUCUGCACCCUCCAUGCAGAUGGUGCUGGAGAGGAUCUCCAGGAGCCCACACUACUUACAGCUGUACUAUGAGUUUAACUCUGCCAGGUAUGACCUGGAGCCAUGCCAGCAGGAAUGCCGUGUGGAUCACCUGUGUGCCAUCAGGGAAGUCGAUUUUGUAAAGUACAAUGAGUGUGUGAAAACCAACAGCUCUGCCUCUGCUGCUGGCAGUGUUUGGCUUUUGCUUUUCUGCAUGUUGUUAGGAUUUCUCGAUUCUCAGCGAGUGCUGUGAUAGCCAAGAGCAAGAGAAGAGGAGGAGGGCAUGAGAUCACACUACACUGCAUGUGAAUUGGUGAUUUUGGCAUUGAGAACUUUCUUGGAAACCAGGACAAAUUUGUCAAUGUUUACUAAAGCCCUGUGAUGCUGAUUUGAAGUUUUCUAAACAAGCUUGAUGUGUCAAGAGCAAUGUUUUUGAGAGCCUUGUUGUGCCAAAGUGACUGCAACAAGGAGUGUCUCCCCUCUGCUGGGACUGCUGGGCUGCCUCACAAAUCAGAUGAAGACCAGGCCUCCCUGUGGACAUGAACUGGCCAGGGCUGAGGGUAGGGAGCAGCCACAUGUUCCAGAGGCUGGGG